GCCCGGCAGCAGGGCGCGGCGGCGGGCGCGGGCUCGGUCUCCCCCGUCCUCCUCCCCCAGCGGCCGGUGCGAGGAUGUCCCGGAGACCCCGGCACAGUAUAUAUAGUAGUGAUGAUGAUGAAGAAGAUGUUGAGGUGUACGAUCACGAUUAUGACGGUCUGCUUCCUAAGACUGGAAAACGUCACUUAGGAAAAACCAGGUGGACCCGCGAAGAGGAUGAGAAGUUGAAGAAGCUUGUGGAGCAGAAUGGCACAGAAGACUGGAAAGUCAUUGCCAAUUUCCUUCCUAAUCGGACAGAUGUUCAGUGCCAGCACCGGUGGCAGAAGGUACUAAACCCAGAACUUAUUAAAGGUCCGUGGACUAAAGAGGAGGAUCAAAGGGUAAUAGAGCUCGUUCAGAAAUACGGUCCAAAGCGCUGGUCUGUCAUUGCUAAGCAUUUGAAGGGAAGGAUUGGAAAACAGUGCAGGGAGAGGUGGCACAACCAUUUGAAUCCAGAAGUGAAGAAAACCUCCUGGACAGAAGAGGAAGAUAGAAUUAUUUACCAGGCACACAAGAGGCUGGGAAACAGAUGGGCAGAGAUUGCAAAGUUGCUGCCUGGACGAACUGAUAAUGCUAUCAAGAACCACUGGAACUCCACCAUGCGCCGAAAGGUUGAGCAGGAGGGCUACCUGCAGGAGUCCUCCAAAGCCUGCCACUCCUCAGCAGCUGCUGGCUUUCAGAAGAACAACCACUUGAUGGCCUUUGCUCACAACCCAUCGCCACCCGCCCAGCUGCCGGUGGCCAGCCAGCCCCCGCUGAGCAGUGACUACCCCUACUACCACAUCCCUGAGCCACAGAACGUUCCUGGUCAGAUCCCGUAUCCAGUAGCACUGCAUGUAAAUAUUGUCAAUGUACCUCAGCCAGCUGCUGCAGCUAUCCAGAGACACUAUAAUGAUGAAGACCCUGAGAAAGAAAAGCGAAUAAAGGAAUUAGAGUUGCUACUAAUGUCGACUGAGAAUGAACUGAAAGGGCAGCAGGCAUUACCAACACAGAACCACACAUCAAACUACCCCGGCUGGCACAGCACCACAAUUGCUGACAGUACCAGGACCAGUGGUGACAGUGCACCUGUUUCCUGUUUGGGGGAACAUCACCACUGUACUCCAUCUCCACCGGUGGAUCACGGUUGCUUACCUGAGGAAAGUGCAUCCCCUGCACGGUGCAUGAUUGUUCACCAGAGCAACAUCCUGGAUAAUGUUAAGAAUCUCUUAGAAUUUGCUGAAACACUCCAGUUAAUAGACUCCGGCAGUGCGGCUCCGUGGGUCCUUCUUCGCAAAAGGAGAGGGCACUGCAGCCCCUUAGCCAGUGGCCACGGUAGCACCUUGGUCCUAGCUGACGUCAGCAGCUCAACUCCUCCUAAGCGCUCCCCUGUCAAAAGCCUGCCCUUCUCUCCCUCGCAGUUCUUAAACACCUCAUCCAAUCAUGAAAACUUGAACCUGGACAACCCUGCCCUCACCUCCACGCCGGUAUGUGGCCAUAAGAUGGCAGUUACCACCCCGCUGCACAGGGAACAGACUUUCAAAGCCCAGAAGGAAAACCAUGUUUUCAGGACUCCAGCAAUCAAGAGGUCGAUAUUAGAGAGCUCUCCAAGAACACCCACUCCAUUCAAAAACGCACUUGCAGCUCAGGAAAUCAAAUACGGUCCUUUGAAGAUGCUGCCUCAAACUCCAACUCAUCUUGUAGAAGAUCUGCAGGAUGUUAUCAAGCAGGAGUCGGAGGAAUCUGCAAUAGUGGCUGGGCUACAUGAAAGUGGACCCCCUUUGCUGAAGAAAAUCAAACAAGAGGUGGAGUCUCCAACAGAUAAAGCUGGAAAUUUUUUUUGCUCAAGCCACUGGGAAGGAGAAAACCUGAACACUCAGCUCUUUACACCUGGGUCUACAAUGGAAGAUGUGCCAAAUCUUCUUACCAGUUCCAUUUUAAAGAUGCCUGUGUCUGAAGAUGAUGAUAGUUUUCACAAAACAGUUGCAGUGCCUAGAAACAGGCCACUAGCUAGUCCUCUACAGCAUCUGAACAACGCCUGGGAGUCAGCGUCCUGCGGGAAGAUCGAGGAUCAGAUGGCUCUGACAGAUCAGGCACGCAAAUACAUGGCCACCUUCCCCACCCGGACUCUGGUGAUGUGAAAGGGUCGACACACAGAGAAGCAUUAUGGUUUUGAGAACACUUCACCUCCACUGGGAAAUUCCUGUUCCUCUACAUGAGAACUUUUCAUGAAUGGGAGAAGAGCCUAUCUUUGUUGUGGUACAACAGUUGGGAGCAGCACAAAGUGCAUUUAGUCACUCAGCAUAUAUAUUCUUGUUGGAUUUCACCCAACUUAAGAGUUUGUGUUUUUUUAAGGAUACUUGCCUAAAUUAUUAGGUAUUGAGUUUGAAUCAGUAAUUAAUGAUCUUAAGUGCAGUCUUAUAAUAAAGAUAAUCUUUCUUGUACUUUUUGAGAUCAAGCAGACUUAAUACACCAGUAUUGUUAUUUCAGUGAUGUGCUAGCCAGGGGUGGGGUUUAGUUUGUUUCUUCUUUUUUUUUAUUUUUUUUUAAUUUUGUUUUUUAAUAAUAAAAGAGCAGGUACUCAAACAGAUGUAUUUUAAAUCACUGAACAAAAUUAAUUGGUGUAAAAUACUGAAGUGAAAAGCAUUACUACAAACGCUUGUCUGUGCAAAAGGGGAAAGCUGAUCAAGAUCGUGAAUGCUCAAACAUCCAUGCCUCUUGAAAUACUCCUUUCUGUUUUGGUUCUAGGCCAUUAUACAUUGUCUGUUUCUGUUGGGGGGAGGGGGUGGGUAAUUAGCUUGCUUUAAAAAAUAUUACUGUAUGAAACAUAGAUUUAUCAGAAAAAUUAUAUUUUUAUUCAGUAAUUUAAUUUUGUAAAUGCCAAAUGAAUACUGUGUUUUGCUGCUACAGACCUUAGCGUGUAGACUUGCUGCUAGUGUAAAAGGAGCAGUAGAGCUUUAUUUGGAAAAAAACAAAUGUUGAUGUUAGCUAAUUGACUAUGCACUAGCAUUUCAGAUUUUUUUGUUUUAAUUUUUUUUACAUCAUUUAUAUUUUUUUCCCCUUUUUUUUAUAAGCAAUAUUUUUGAACACUGUUCUUGGGAGAUUUUUAUUUGUGUGGAUGUGUUGUUUUAUUUCUCAUUGGUUUGUAACAGCAUGCAUUGCACCUUCAUAUGUUUGGGAGAACACUGUCUUGUUCAUGUUGUCUCUUUUGUUCCAUGUCUAGCUAGUUGUUCCCUAACUUGGGUCUUGUGUACCGAAUCAGGUUCUUAGAAAUACAUGGUUCUUUGUACUGCCAUAUCAGAUCUUUACUGAUAUGGCAAAACACUGAUUUUUUUUUUUUUUUUUUUUUGUGUUUUUAUAAGAGCCUCUGACUUUGCUGCCUUAAUAGCAUUUGGUGCAGCUUUAUCUGCACUUAAUUUUUUAUACAACAAUGUACUGCCGUGUAGAUAAAUAAAGUGUGUUCUUUUUUACUUAAA